CAGCACAAAAAUGUCAAAACCACCAAAACUGCCAGCCACUGCAUCCUAUUUCAAAGAAAUUAUCGAUGAUUAUAUUUUAAAAUCGAAAAUUGCUUAUGAUUUUUACAAAAAAUCACAAGUUCUGAUAACUUGCAAGCCACUUCGAACAGAAGGCUACUUGACUCGAUUCCUCCCUUGGCAUCAAUUUCUGCUCGACGAUCUUGAGAUUUUCAAUCGAAAUAUGGAAAUUUCGAAGAAAAACCAGCGAAAUGAGCUUGUUGACCUGAAUCUAUCACCGUAUAUUAUUUGGGAACGCGUUCUUACACAACUUUUUCAGUUGUUUGUAAUCGAAACGCCGCGAUUGGAUGGCGAGUGUACAGCUGUAAUGCGUGCUUUAAAUGCAUUAAGGGAAAUUAUGAGAAUUAUUGAACUUCACAACGGAGUCGUCGGAGUGAAUGUUUUCCAUUAUUCCGAAAUCGAAGAUGAUGCGUUGAUGAUUUGGAUAGAAGAUCAGAAAAAGUUUGAAUAUCAUCAAAAAGCUCAGUGUAGAGAUAUUACGGCAAUCACUGAGAAGCUAUUGAAAUACCAAAAAGACGAUCCGGAAAAACGACGGAUUUUGAAGGAAAGAAUGGAGAAAUUGAUUCGGAAAUAUAAGGAUGAGACGUUCUACUAUCAAAUUCCCAUCACAUAUCAGGAAUUGGUCGUCAGAUAUGAAAAGAAACAUAAGAAAACGACAAAACCACCGCAACACCUGAUCAUUCUUCCAUUGCCACCACGUCGAGCAUCACCAGCUCCACCACGUGUCAUACCUCAUGUGAUCAUGCAACCACCUCGACCACGGCCACCAAUCUCAACCGCCGAUCUUUGUACUCCUGCUUUCCAACAACUACCUCCACCACGCGAGGAAGCCAUGGAAAUUGACAAGAGCUCCGAGAGCUCCGAGCAUUCUACGAUAGCUGGAGCUGGAGAAGCUGGAUCCAUCACUGUCACAGCUUCAUCAUCUGAGAAGAGCCCAGCAGAUUCACAAGGUUCAGCUUCCCCAGAUGAAUCUACUGAAGAACCAUCCCAGGAUCACACUCCACAGGACCUUCCCAUGGAUCAAGCUCCACCACAAGCGGAAGAAGAUCUUCUGGAAAGAUCUGAUGCAGAUCCAGGAUCUCGGGAUGAAUCACAGAACGACGUUACAGCAUCUCUUGAUGGCUCUACUGAAGAAGCAUCCCAGGAUCACACUGAAUUUGUAGCUGAUACUCCGGGAGCUGGAGAUGAAAGCACUGAUGAUGCUCUGAACCUUCCGAUGGAUACCGAUCAAGCUCCACCACAUGCGGGAGAAGAAGAUCUUCUGGAAAGAUCUGAUGCAGAUUUCUUCGCUCCACGAGUCCGCGAUGAAUCACAGAACGAUUCCCAAGAUUCAGAAGAUGUCACAGCAUCGCUUGAUGGCUCUACUGAAGAAGCAUCCCAGGAUCACUCAGGAACUCGAGAGUCUAGUGAAAGAUCCGAAAGUAGUUCAGAAUCUCCGAAUUCUUCUCCACAACGUGAGAACCUUGAUACAGCUCCACCACAAGAGGAAGAGCUCUUUGACGAUGCGCUGGAAGAUCCGGAAGCAUCUCCGAAAUCGCCCGAAACUGUUGAUGCUGCACCGAUCGAAGAAGGAUCCGAUGCUGCUCCAGAAGCUCCUGAACCUUCCCCGCUCGAGCUGCUGGACCCGGAACUCCGAGAAGAUGAAGAUCCCAAGAAUGCUUCAGAGGGGAAUUUCCAGUCUGACGAUUCUCAAAUUUAUUCUGAGGAAAGACGCCAAGUGGGUCAAGAAUAUCAAGAAGAAGCUUCAGAAGAUAAGGAUGAUUCCAUGGAUUCCGCGGAAGCUGGAGAAAGAUCUGAUGAUCCUCAAGAUCUUCGAGAAUCUUCUUCAUCAUCUGAUGAAUCUGAUGAAUCCGAAGGGAACUCGAGUCCUUCCGAAGCUCCAGGCUCGCCAAGACAGCAAGAUCCCGAGCCAAUGGAAGCGUUCGGUGAAGCUUCGGAAGCUCCACCACCACCACCGGAUCAAGGAUCAAAAGAUCAAGAAGCAAUACUGGAUCAACCAGUGAUGGAGCCGGAAGAAGCUGCAUCGAAUGGAUCCCUUGAAGAUCCUUUGGAUUUCGCGGAUUCGGAUGCUGCUCGAGAAAGAUCAGAUGAUCCUCAAAGUGUCCGAGAAUCUUCUGCAUCAUCGGAUGAAUCCGAUAGCUCUUCUGAAGCUCCAUGCUCGCCAAUACAGCAAGAUUCUGAGCCAAUGGAAGCGUUCACUGAAGCUUCGGAAGCUCCACCACCACCCAAUCAAGGAUCAGAAGACCCAGAAUCAAUCCUGGAACAACUAGCGAUGGAACCCGAAGGCGAUGCAUCGAAUAGAUUACUUGAAGAUCCUAUGGAUUCCACGGAUCUGAAUGCAGCUGGAGAAAGAUCAGAAUCUUCUUCAUCAUCUGAUGAAUCCGAUAGUUCAUAUGAAGCUCCAAGACAGCAAGAUCCCGAGCCGAUGGAAGCGUUCAUUGAAGCUUCGGAAGCUCCAUCACCACUCAAUCAAGAAUCAGAAGACCCACCAGCAAUGCAUUAUGAGCUAACAGGACCGAAUGAGGAUGUGGAACCCGCAGAAGAUGUAUCGAGUGGAUCACAUGAAGAUCCGACUGCUGCUCGAGAAAGAUUAGAUGAUCCUCAAGGACUCCGAGAAUCUUCUCCAUCAUCUGAUGAAUCCGAUAGUUCUUCUGAAGCUCCAGGCUCGCCAAGACAGCAAGAUCCUGAGCCAAUUGAAGCGUUCACUGAAGCUUCGGAAGCUCCACCACCACCACCCAAUCAAGGAUCAGAAGACCCAGAAUCAAUCCUGGAUCAACCAGCGAUGGAGCCGGAAGAAGCUGCAUCGAAUGGAUCCCUUGAAGGUCCUAUGGAUCAUACGGACCCGAAUGCGGUCCAAGAAAGAUCUAAUGAUCCUCAAGUUCACCUAGACUCGUUCAAUGAGUCUUCUGAUGAAUCCAAUGGUGAAGGUAGCUCAAGUCCUUCUGAAGCUUCACGUUCACCAAUGGAAGCAUUCAAUGAAGCUUCAAAAGCUUCACCACCGCCCAAUCAAGGAUCUGAAAUUCAAGAAGCAAUCCUGGAUCAAUCAGCAGCAGAACCUGAAGAAGAUGCAUCGAUUGGACCCAUUGAAGAUUCUUUGGAUUCCGCGGAUUUGGAUGCGGUCCAAGAAAGAUCAGACGAUCCUCAAAAUCUCCGAGAAUCUUCUGCAUCAUCGGAUGAAUCCGAUAGUUCUUAUGAAGCUCCAGGCUCACCAAGAUGGCAAGAUCCAGGGCCAAUGAAAGCGUUCAAUGAAGUUUCGGAUGCUCCAUCACCACCACCGAAUCAAGGAUCAGAAGAUCACGAAGCCAUCCUGGAUCAACCAGCGAUGGAGCCGGAAGAAGAUGCAUCAAAUGGAUCCCUUGAAGAUCCUGGAGAAAGAUCAGAUGAUCUUCAAGUUCACCUAGACUCGUUCAAUGAGUCUUCUGAUGAAUCCAAUGGUGAAGGUAGCUCAAGUCCUUCUGAAGCUUCACGUUCGCCAAGACAGCAAGAUCCUGAGUCAAUGGAAUCGUUCAAUGAAGCUUCGGAAGCUCCACCGGAUCAAAGAUCAGAAGAUCAAGAAGCCAUACCUGCCGAGGAGCCCGAAGAAGAACAAGAUCCCGAAGAGCCCGUAGAAAUCAACUAUGACAUUCCAACUCCAGCUUCAUAUCAUUCUUCCACCGAUUCCGUGGAUCUUGAGUCUCCGAUCAUGGGACCAGCACCACCUCAAUUCUCAGCAGAACAAUUCCUGGUAGAUCAGCAUCCAGCGAAUCCGUCAUUCUUUGACGCCUCCUCUGAUUAUCGAGUUGCAGCUGGGCAGGAAGCUCAGCGGCCUGAACAAGAUUCAAGAUUCCCGGAAACUUCUUCCAUGCCUUCUGGAGCCGGGGAACAAGAAGAUCAAGCAUCUGGAAGUGCUCCAGAACCGGACGAUAUUCUACAGCAAGCGCUGAUGGACGCUUUAGGCAGUCCGUCUCCGGCAGAGCCACAUGAUAUCCUGCAACAGGCACUGAUGGAUGCAUUCGGUAGCCCGCCACGGGUGGAAGAGGAUCAGCAGCUGCUUAUGGAUCCGUUAGACCGUCCGUUUGGAGAAGGUGCUGAGCGGAGAACUGAAGAAGCAGAUGUAACAACUCCUGCUGCUCCGGCUCAAGAAUCUACAGAAAGUUCCGCCGCUCAAAAACGUGAAUUCCUGCCUGAACACGACGAGGAUGAAGCCCAGGAUCCGAAAAGACCACGUCUUGAAUGAUUUUUUUUUCUAAAAUUAAUAUUUGAUUUUCUAAAAAUGAUCUCCCUUUUUUUUUAAACGAUUAUAUAUUGUUAACCCGUUCCAUUUUAUUGAAAAAGUUUGACUUUUUUAUUCAAUAAAUUUUUGUUUUUUUUUUAAAAUU